UUAUGAAAUAAACAAAAGAAAAAUGUUUCCAUUUUGAGUCAACUAUCAAACAAACACUCCACUUCCCACAACCUCUGUACCUAAGUAUCUUAUCUUUGUUUCAUUCUUAUUCACAUCUAAACACAAGAAGAACAAGAAGAAGAAGAAGAAGCUACCAAAGAAGAGUGAAAAAUGGAGUACACAAACAGUGAUGAUGCUACAAAUGAAAAACUCAUUGAAAAUGGCAGCUCUUCAUCAUCUUCUCAACCCAGAAAGGGUGGUUUAAGAACCAUGCCCUUUAUCAUAGUGAAUGAGUGUCUUGAGAAAGUGGCAAGUUAUGGAAUAAUGCCAAACAUGAUAUUAUACUUGAGGGAUGAUUAUAACAUGCCUAUUGCUAAGGCUAGUUAUGUUCUUUCUACUUGGUCUGCUAUGUCCAAUGUUUUGUCCAUCUUUGGUGCUUUUCUCUCUGAUUCUUACUUGGGUCGCUUCAAUGUCAUCACUAUUGGCUCCUUUUCUAGCCUUCUUGGUUUAACCGUUUUGUGGUUAACUGCCAUGAUCCCGGUGCUAAAACCUACCUGUGCAUCACUCUUUGAAAUCUGUAAUUCUGCUACUUCAUCCCAACAAGCAGUUCUGUUCCUUUCCUUAGGAUUAAUUUCAAUUGGAGCUGGUUGUGUUAGACCUUGUUCCAUAGCCUUUGGAGCAGAGCAAUUGACUAUUAAGGGAAAUUCUGGUGAUGGGAAUGGCAGGAUCUUGGAUAGUUACUUUAAUUGGUAUUAUACCUCAAUUUCAGUUUCAACCAUUAUCGCGUUGAGUGUGAUUGCUUACAUUCAAGAAAACCUUGGAUGGAAAAUUGGGUUUGGAGUACCUGCUGUGCUAAUGCUCGUAUCGGUCAUCAGUUUCAUUAUUGGUUCACCGUUAUAUGUCAAAGUGAAGCCAAGUGAAAGCUUACUCACUAAUUUUGCAAGAGUAGUUGUGGUGGCAACCAAGAACAGAAAACUUAGUCUUCCUGAUCACGACUCUGAUCGUUACUGUCAAGGUCAUGAUUCAAAGCUGAAGGUUCCUACCGAUAGCCUUAGGUUUUUGAACAAAGCUUGCGUAAUAAGAAAUCCUGAGACAGAUCUUAAUCGAGAUGGGUCAAUUUCAAAUCCGUGGAACCUAUGCACAAUAGAACAGGUGGAGUCACUGAAGUCUUUGCUCAGAGUCAUUCCUAUGUGGUCAACGGGAAUCUUUAUGAUGGCGACUCAGAGUUCAUUUUCUACUCUUCAAGCCAAAACUUUGAACCGAACGUUAUUCGGCAAUUUCAAUUUUCCUGCAGGAUCGUUCAAUCUUAUCUUGAUAUUCACCUUAACAAUAGUAAUUCCUUUAUAUGACCGUGUAGGAGUACCUCUACUAGCUAAAUACGCAGGCCGGCCUAGAGGAUUCAGUUUUAAAGUCCGCAUCGGGAUAGGAAUGCUGUUUGCAAUUGUAGCUAAAGCAGUAGCAGCUAUUGUUGAAACGGUGAGACGAAAUGCAGCGAUUGAACAAGGGUUUGAGGACCAACCUAAUGCUGAAAUUAACAUGUCGGCUUUAUGGCUUGCUCCAGAGUUUAUUUUGUUUGGAUUCGCCGAAGCUUUCACACCAGUUGGACUGGUUGAGUUUUUCUACUGUUUUUUCCCUAAGAGUAUGUCUAGUUUUGCAAUGGCUAUGUUCACAUUGGGACUAGCUUGUUCUGACGUAGUUUCAGGUGUGCUUGUGAGCAUUGUGGACACGGUCACUAGUAUUGGAGGGAAUGAGAGCUGGUUAUCGACUAACAUCAAUAGGGGACAUUUGAAUUACUACUACGGGCUACUCACUUUCUUAGGCAUUCUUAACUACUUCUAUUAUCUUGUUAUUUGUUGGGCUUAUGGACCCAUACAGGGAGAGAAACAUGAAGAUUCGGCCAGAAAGAAAGACGAUAAAUUUGGUUACAGGGAGUUGCCUACUUCAUAGAUUAGUUUUUUAGUAUAUUAUAAAGUUUCUAAAACUGUAGUAGUGUAUUUCAAAUAUGUGUUUUUUUUGUGCAUGUAAAACUAAUAUGUUUAGGUCAUCGAGAGAAGAACAAUGGAAAAGAGAAAUACAUGUAUUUCACUGUUCUAUUUACAAAAUAAUUAGAAAUGAUUUUGAUCAAGCA